AUGGUAUUGAGUAAGAAUAUAAAGGUAGCUGUUUACACUUGCAGUGAUAGUGAAAAUGUAGAAGGUCUUAUCAAUGAAAUAAGAGAGAAAAUGGCAGAUCAUGUUGAAGAGGUUAAAUAUGUUCAGCUACCUUAUAACAUUAGUGAUAUGCAGAAGAUGAAACUGGAUAAGAAUUACUACAUGUUGCUCUGUCAUUCAAUCAACAACAGAAGAUUUUCAAUCACCAAUGUCACUGAUGCUCUUUAUGAUGACUUCCUGAAGAAAGCCAGGAAACAAUUAGGUCGCCAGAAGGUUGGAGUGAUCGCUUAUGAUUUUCCAUCUGAUGAACUCUCGUCUGAAAUCCUCGAAAGUAAGAUGGUAUCUUUUAAAAACACACAAGAAAGAACAUUCAGAAAGUCAAUUCUGCAGCUAAUCGGCGGGCAACUCUCAGAUUCUCCCGUAGAACUAAACAACAAUCAAUGGCAGGAGCUUGAAAAAUAUUUCAAACACAUAUUGAACAAUCCGAAGCCCAAGAAAGUGACAAGGGGGGCUACACCAUGUUUACUUUGUUCUUGUGCCCGGAGCACACAAACAGAACCGUGAAUUUCUCCCCGUCGCAAUAAACAAAUUCUGUUGGAAUAAUAUCAGAACUUGACUAGGCCUUUAAGUUAAUGGCAGUCACCAUAAUUAUGGUUAUCCGAAGAUAAUAUGCAUCUAGAGCGCUUAGAGACUUCUGACAAAGUAAGUAUUAAGCGCUAUAUAAGCAAGUAUAAUUAUUAUCUAUAUCCAAGGUAAAAUAGAAUUAUAAACUAAAGGACAAGAGAAAAGACAUAUUUCUGAUAUAUCCCUUUCACUUGUGAACUUCCUUGGAUAGGCCUACUGCCAAACUUCCAAAAUUAAUAAAAUGGUAAAAUUGGCAGGGUACAUUGCGAUGUUAUACUAAUUAACACAGGGAAGGAGGAAAGGGGGACACUGAUCUUGGAUCAUGAAAUUUAUGUGUAUUGUUCGUUUGUUUAUAUUUAUUUUCAUGUAAAAAAAAAUAGAUGAUCAAAUGUAACAAAUCGUCAAAUAAAAUAUGGAGGAUGGCCCAUUUCAGUGGCAUUAACAGAAUACCACUGUUCUUCCAUGGGGUCCUUUACAACGUAAAAAAUGCAUAUAAAACAAAUAUAUAGAAUUACAAAAAAAGAUAUACACAAUACUUAAUCGAUCACAUAACAAGAAAGAAAAUGAAAAUACAAUCAUCCCACCCAGCCCUAAAAAGAACACAACAUAUUUUAUUACAUAAAAUAACAUUUCAAACCAAAACUAUAUUACGGUUAAAAAAAUAUCCCAUUGUGAACCCCCCCCCCCCCCUUUAACCCACCCAUCUAACCAUUGAUUACCAAUUUAGUAUGUUAGUACACUGAUUACUGUCGUAUGACAGUGAAUAAGGGAUUGCAGAUUUCAAAUAUCAAUAUAGUAAAAAAAAAUAUAAACAUGUUUAUUGAAUAUAUUAAGCCGUGUCCAGCUGGCGUAGCUUGAGUGGUAGUUCAUUGUAUAACGCAGAUACACGAUAUAAGAAUGUACAUUUACAUUGAUUUGUUAUUGGUUUAGGAAGCAUUAGGUUCGAAUUAGAUCUUAGCCCGUAAUACCUUUCGCAAAAAAAUAAUUGUCAGUCAUAUAAUCGGGUGUUAAACUAUUGCCUAACCAUGUCUGCAUAAUCGGAAUGGGAUAAAAUCACUGAAGAAUAAAUUAAAUUGAGAAUUGACUCAUUGAUAAAAUAUCUCAGUCUCCUUAAAAAGCCAAUGAUUUUCCCGAACUUUUUGUUCAGUUGCUCUAUAUUCCAUUUAAGUUCAGGGUCCAAAUUUAAUCCAAGAUAAUUUAAACUUGUCAACUGAUUUAGUCCAGUUGAAUUUAACUUGAGACUUUCCUCCAACCAAGAUGCUCUUACUGGUUUCCAGGAGUAUCAUUUAUAUUUUCAUCUCUCUCUCUCUCCAUCUCUCUCAUUUUUUUCUUUUUUGUUAUUUACGCUCGAGAUGUCACCCUGAUCUACUUGUAUUCUAUUUACAAGAACAUUUCAGUACCCUGUAAAAAAUCUCUUAAUUAGUAGUUAACACUUAAUGUAUAUAAGUAGAAUUUAUUAUUUGUAAUCAUUCCUUGAUUUUUUCUUGUCUUUUUAUUAACAUGAUUUACUUGAUUCAUUUGGGUUCAAUAUACAUUUACGAAAAUUCACGUAUUGCUAGCUUACUUUGAUUAAGUUAAUCUAACUCCAAUUAGGCAAAGAUAAGUAUCACUUAUAAAAUCGUGUUGAAUAACUUGAAUGUACUGUUUCAAUUAUUAACGCCUUAUUUACUUACUUACCUACUUGGAUUUAUUUGGAUGUAGAGACAUAAAGCUGGAAGCUUAUUUGCCCCUCGUCACGUAGGGUUGUCUCUGGUUUGGUGAAUAUUUUAAUGAUUUAAAUAAUACCUGAAUAUUCAUUAAGAGCAAGCAAAUAUUACAUUUUUUAAAUAACUGUCAUACUUAUCUAUUUGUGUCUGAAAUGGUUUUGGAUUAGGGUGUGCAAAAUAUUUUAUUCUUUUGUUGAAUCAAAGAAAGAGCAACAUUGAACAGUCACUAAUCAGAAAAUUUCAGAUUUCUUGUUAGGUUUUCGGAAAAUGUUAAUGUUAUUCUCAAUAUUCUGUUUGUUAGGAUGAACCGGUCGCGUAUAAAUAUAAAUGUGAGUACCUCUCAUGUACAGGUAUAGUGACAAUGCAUAAAGUUUGAUAUUUGGAUAAAAGAUGUCUGAGAUUAAAAUGAUGUCACUGAAAGUGGGACGAUGGGGGAGCGGACUUUCGAAUCACGAAAGUCCACCCCAUUUGUUUUUGGGGGUGUUUUUCAGUGAUUGUUUUACUUAAUUGAAUCAACUUGUUCUAACUUAAUUUACUUGAGUAAUGGAUGCAAAUGAAAUAAGUAAAUUUUACUUAAAACUGCCAAACUUAUAAAUACUUGAAAAAAAAUGUGGCAAUUUUUGGCCUCAUUUUUUGGGGGGGUAAUUUCAAAUAUAUAUAUAUAUUUUACAAUGUAGGAGGCUGCACACUACAAGCUCCGUUUUUUAUCAACCUCCCCCAUUCCCAACAUCUUUGUAUCACAUUUUUAUGAUUAUAUAAUCUUGAUUAUAUAUAGUACGCAGAAAUUUUCUUUGUUUUAUCGCUUAUUUAUCAAGAUGUAUGAAAGAAAACAUAUUGUAAAUGUUGAUAAUGGAAAUAAAGGAAAAUAAAUGAAAUCCAUGAAA